AUGUCGAUGGAGAAGCUUAGCUGCUGUGAAAGCUUUCUCAGAAGCUCUAAACCCUAUUUCGCCAUGAUAUCUCUCCAGUUUGGCUACGCCGGCAUGAACAUAAUUACUAAAAUAUCCCUCAACACCGGUAUGAGCCAUUACGUCCUUGUCGUCUACCGCCAUGCAAUCGCCACCGCCGUUAUUGCCCCCUUCGCUUUCUUCUUCGAAAGGAAAGCUCAGCCGAAAAUAACAUUCACUAUUUUCAUGCAACUAUUCAUUCUCGGCCUUCUCGGGCCAGUGAUCGAUCAAAACUUCUACUACGUAGGGCUUAAAUAUACGUCUCCCACGUUCUCGUGCGCCAUGAGUAAUAUGCUUCCGGCAAUGACCUUUAUCUUGGCCGUACUAUUCCGGAUGGAGAUGUUGGACGUGAAGAAACUGUGGUGCCAGGCGAAAAUAGCCGGAACGGUGGUGACAGUGGCCGGAGCCAUGUUGAUGACAAUUUACAAGGGACCCAUCGUUGAGCUAUUUUGGACCAAAUAUAUGCAUUUCCAACAUGCCAACGACACGACGCCGUCUAACAAUUCAAAUGACAGUAAAGAUUUUCUCAAAGGCUCCAUCCUCCUCAUCUUUGCAACACUCGCAUGGGCCUCCCUCUUCGUUCUACAGGCAAAAAUACUAAAGACGUAUGCGAAGCAUCAGCUAUCUCUAACAACACUGGUUUGCUUCAUCGGAACGGUACAAGCAGCUGCUGUGACGUUUGUCAUGGAACACAACCCCUCCGCUUGGAGAAUUGGUUGGGACAUGAACCUCCUUGCCGCCGCCUACUCUGGGAUUGUGGCAUCAAGUAUCUCAUACUAUGUGCAAGGGAUAGUUAUGAAGAAAAGAGGACCUGUGUUUGCUACUGCCUUUAGUCCUUUGAUGAUGGUUAUUGUUGCUGUCAUGGGUUCUUUUGUCUUGGCUGAAAAGAUUUUCCUUGGAGGGGUGAUUGGAGCGGUACUGAUUGUAAUUGGACUGUAUGCGGUUUUAUGGGGGAAGCAAAAGGAGAAUCAAGUAACUAGCUGUGAGAUUUUAGUACCCACCAAGAAUAUUGACAUGAGUAGUAAAGUAACUGAGGAUGUGGAAGCCAAUAAUGGAAUUCAGGUGAAAAAAUCGGAAGGUGAUAACACUAGGCUUUCGACGAUUGUAAUCAGUGUUCCAAUAUCGGAAACGCCUUUGAAGAAAACUAUCCAAGACCAAGAGCCAUGA